AUGUCGCUCGCCGCAUCAUCCUCAUCGGCCCUUCACCUCGACUUUCCGGCCUCCACCGGCUCGGGUGUGAUGCACUCUCGGUCAGUCACCGGUGUCCACGUUCACCCUGUCGCCCUUUUCUCGAUUCUGGAUCACUACCUCCGACGCAACGAUGGCCAGCACCGCGUGAUUGGUACUCUGCUCGGUACCCGCACCGAGUCCGAGAUCGAGAUCAAGAACUGCUUUGCGGUGCCACACUUGGAAGAUGAGGAGGAGGGUCAGGUGCAGGUCGACAUGGAGUACCACCGUAACAUGUACGAGCUCUGCCAAAAGGUGCGACCGGAUGAGGUCAUUGUCGGCUGGUACGCCACUUCGCCAGAGCUCAACACCUACAGCGCUCUCAUCCAGGACUUCUACUCGCGGGAGACCGCACCUCACCAGGCCGUUCACCUUACCAUGGACACUUCGAUCGACGGCUCGAAAGCUUCAGGACUCGGCAUCAAGUCGUACAUCUCGUCGCCAUUGGGCGCGGCACCCAAGGCCGAGAACUGCGUCUUCCUGCCCCUUCCCACCAACCUUCUCCACUCGACACCGGAACACUCGUCAUUGUCUCUGCUCGCAUCUCAGAACAUCUCGUCGCCAUUGAGCGACCUCGAUGCGCUUGCCGUCAGCCUCAAGCAAGUGCAGGCGCAGCUCGACCGUGUGCUCACCUACGUUCGUGCGGUCAUCUCGGGAGAGAAGGAGGGAGACAAGGCGGUCGGUCGCUUCCUCAACGACACCAUCAGCGUCGUACCUGCUGGCAUGGAUGACAACAAGCUCGAGACGCUCUUCAACGCUCACCUCCAGGAUGUCCUCAUGGUCUCGUACCUUGCCAACGUCGUUCGAGCUCAGGCCGAGGUCUCGUCGCGUCUCACUCUCCUCACCUAG